AUGCGGCGGAAAAUCCAGUCGCUCAUCGUCGGAUAUGGCGUGCCGGCCAUCUGGUUCACCAUCAACCCGAACGACAUUACGAACCCGGUGAAGCUGCGACUGGCGGCAUACCGCACACGCGAUCCCGACGCGGCCGAGGAGUUCUUAGAAGGCCUUGGGGAUGCGUAUAAGCGGGCACGGCUGGCGAUAUCGGAUCCCAUGAGCUCGGCCGUGUUCUUCCACCGCGAGAUGAAGCUGUUCUUCGAUCAUUACGUGAAGGUCGGUGAAGACUCGAUGCUUGCCGACAUCCACGGGGAGGAUCAGGCGGCGUAUCGCGAGCGAAUCGUCCGAUACAUCGAUAGCGUCUUCUCAGAGGAUCUGGACCAGGAAAGUUUUUGCGCCGUGCAAGCGGAGCGAUCUGUGACGGGCGGUAUUGGUUCCCUGCUGGACAACGCCGCGCAGUUCUCGGCCGCGUUUAUCGAGGAGGCCAACUUCUGUGCCGGCGCGACGCAGGAGGGCGGAAGGGGACCUCUGCCGGUUCAAGGCGCCAUGGAGAUCCGGAGGACACACAGCAUGGUCAAUCGAUGGAACGAGGCUAUUGCUGUCGGGCUCCGGCACAACCAUGAUAUUUCCUUCAUUGCGACGCAGCGCAAGACAAUGGCCCUCAUCUAUUAUGUCACGAACUACGCGACCAAGGUGGAGGACCCGGUGUGGAAGCGUGUGGCGGCCGCGGCCGAGCUCCUGGCCGCCUCAACAGGGAACAGGACGCGACAGUUCCUGAUGAGAGUGGCGAACCGCGUGUUCACGGAGCGUCCGCUAUCACAGGUCGAGGUCGUCGCUCACCUUCUCGGAUAUCCGGCCGAGUUCACCGACAGCAGCGCGUGGGCGUACCUGAACUGUUCUCUGCUGUACUGGGAAGUCUUUCGGCGAUGGCGGCAUCUCCGAGAAGCCAGUGGCGCUGCGGCUAUGGAUGACACCUUGGAUGAGUCGGUGCUCAGGCGGCCGGGCAAGCACGCUACCGUCUGCCUCGACGGCUACCUGAGCAAGGACUUCACCUACGAUGACGAGUCGUGCUACCGGAGGGCAGCCGUGCAGCAUCUUGCGCUGUUCGUGCCGUGGGAGUCCUUCCUGGGCGAAGGAACAGGUGAGAUCAACAGCAUCUGGGCGCGGGCUCGAGACGCUAUGGCCCCGAGAAUAUCAUGUCUCGUCGACAACGUGCAGCUGCUUCGACGAUCCGCCGAAGACGCAAAACGCGACGCCAAGCAAUGGGCAGCCUCGUCCGGCGAUGGCGACCCGACGGUCGCACACGUCGAGGAGGGUGGAGCAGGCGAGGCGGGCGCGGAGUCUGCAGCGACAUAUCAGCCCAACAGCAUCGGAGACGCAACGCGGCUCAUCGACGUCGUCCGAGGUGCAGUGGGAGCGAAUCAGGUGACGGCCAAGUCGCCGGAGCUCAUGGCAAUGAUACAGCAGCUCUGUCGGUUUCAGCAAUCGGCGCUGCGCUCGACGGCCGAGCUCGAGGCCACGGCGCUGAUCGAACGAGGGAGAGGCGUCCAUCGCUUUUCUGAUAAUAUGCCGCCAGCUCGAUUUGAUGCAGCAGACCGACGGGGCGAUGCCUGCCAGCUGCGCCAGUUCGUCGGUGGCGAGGGCGGUACCGGCAAGUCGCGAAUCAUCGAGGCACUCGUCGAGCUGUUCAGUAAAAAGAGCCUUUCGAAUCGUCUGCUGAUCACGGCGACGUCGGGGACUGCGGCGGCGCGGAUCAACGGCAUCACGAUCCACUCCGCCUGCGGGUUCACUAAAGACCAAGGGGCGGGGGGCGCGAACAUGGUCAAAGACCUUGACGGGGUGCGGCUGCCGAAACAGGCGGAGCGGUUCAUCCACGGCCAGUCUCGAAUGGAUUGGCAGGAGAAGGAUAUGCUCGUCAUCGACGAGGUGAGCAUGCUCGGGGCGCGGACGCUGCACGCCGUGAACGAGCGGCUUCGCCGGCUUCGCGGAUCGCGGCAAGAUUUCGGGGGGAUCCCCAUCGUCCUCUUCUGCGGAGAUUUUCAGCAGUUCCGGCCGGUCCAAGAGAGGUCGAUCGUCCUGCCUAGCGCGGCCAUCUCGUGGGACGUAGACAACUCGUUCAAGGCCGAGCAGCGUCACCAGCACGACAAAGCGCACGCACUGUGGAAGAGGUUCACGACGGUCGUCAUGCUGGACGAGCAGAUGCGCGCCGCCGGCGACCCGGAGCUGCAGAGGCUGCUGAAGCGGAUCCGUCUAGGCGUGCAGGAUCGGACGGAUCUAAACCUCCUCAACUCAAGGAAUCGGUGGAACCUGAACAUGGAGGCGAGCCUGGCGUUCCGGGUCCAGCAGCGGUCGACGAUGCGCAUUUUCAUCUCCGAGCACAAGUGGAAGGAGGAGCUGCCGACGGAGGAAGAGGCGAUCAUGAUACUCAACCAGGGCGACGAUAGCGCGAUCCCGGUGCCGGCCGUCUUCAUGUUCGUGGCCGGGAUGCCCAUCGUGGUGAACCACAACACCCACCAGGGGCUGAAGCUAGUGAACGGCGCGAGCUACUCGGCGGUGGAGGUCAUUGUCGACAAGGCGUACCGGGGCAUCGGAUCUCGGCCGAUAUGA